AUGAAGGAGCAUCUCUACAAGAAGCACAGAGCAUUGGGCACGAGAUGCUCCAGGUGCUUAGAGACCUUCGAUACGGAAGACGCUCUCCAGGAUCACCAAAGAGCUCCAGAUGCUUGCGAACUUCGGCAACCCCCACAGUCCUCAGGGUUCUCCAAAGACCAAGAACGACAGCUUCGGAGCCGCAAACGAUCACCCGGGUGCAUGAGCGAGGAAGAGAAGUGGUUGGAGGUAUACCGCAUUCUGUUUCCCCAAGACACUGACAAACCCACUCCAUUGAUCAACACAAACAUCGUGGAUGUUGUCAUGAAAUGUCAAGAGCAGGUCUUCCAGGAAUUUGUCGGGGAUAAUCCUGCCGGCACAGGAGUACAAACACCCGGCACAUUUGGGCAAGACACAACCGAGAUGAGUGUUGAGCCUCCUACAUCGUGUGAUUCGACUGCUGGAAACGAUGUGGAAGUGUAUAUGAAGUCAUUGGCGCUGGUUCCCAAAGAUGAACCCGUAUCACCACGAAGCAUCAAAGAGUGCAACAUGAUAUCAAAUGACACGAGCAAAGUCAACUGGGACAGUUCGUCUGACACGGUAACUUCGCCCUUCGUAGAUUUUGAGGAGCUUUGUCGAGAGGCAAUGGGCGAAGAUGGGCUCUUUGGUGGACUGAACAUCGAUUCCAACUUUCCGUUCACUUUUGAUGGAGCGACAACAGGCCGACUAGAGUGA